AUGUCACCGAGCAAAACCUGGCAGACCGAGUUCGGUAUAUCUUGCGCUCAAAUAUAUUUGAUGUCACCGAACUCGAACGGCUACGACGUGAGGCUGUUCCUUCGUCGGGUGAAAAUGCUGCGACUGAGGAUGCGACUGAGGAUGCCACAACUUGCUGAGCAAACGGCAAAUGUGGAUGCCGCCGUGAAUACGCCAGUUGUGGUUGAUUCAAACGAUGAUGGAACAGUCGCCCAGGAACUGGAGCUAGAGCAAAUGAGGAGUACAUUGGAAGAGGCGAUUGUGGAAACGCGCAGUACGCCUCUCGAAAAUCGACCGGGACUUCCCCGCUUAGCCCUAAGCAAGCGGAAUCGGGCUGUCGUGAGGGCUCUGAACCCAAUGUUGGUUACCUAUUUGGAAGCCAGCCGGGACCUUUGCGAGACGGACUCAAUUCUUUUUGGCGCCACACUGGCAGUCUGCCGUAUUAUAGGCGCCAAACUUUCCACGGCUGGACGCGCUACUGGACAAAGUAGUGCUAUCCCAGCCUGGAGAAUAAGAAUUGAAGAACGUAUCGCAAAGGCUAGGGCCCUCAUCGGCAGACUGAUAUGCUUCAGGUCAGGCAAUACCAGGCCAAGUAUUUUGCGCACCGUCAGGAUGGCGUUUGCUGGGACAAAUGUUAGUUUGUCCCAGCCGGAUAUAAUGCAAAAAUUGACGGAGCGCAUAGAAGACCUGAAGCAAAGAAUCGCUGCUUGGGGAAAGCGGAUUCGGCGAUAUACCGAGAGGUCGACACGGUUCAACCAGAAGUCAGUCAGUUCUCUUCCAGAGUGA